CAUUUUCACGCAUGGCUGUCUCCGUUGACACCUUUCAAAGCUAUUUUUAAAAAAUUUCUGUCUCUCUCUGUCUCUCUCUAAAUCAUGGAGGGUGGUGGAUUAGGUGUAAGGAUUGAAAGAAAAUCAUCAAUAGAAAGCGAGCCAAGGACUCUCACAAUUGAUCAAAUCCAAUAUGCAAGGGAAGCAGCUUUGUAUGUGGUGAAUACGAGAAGUGAAGAAGAAGCUGUGAGCAUAUUCACAGAGGGUUUACAGCCAGUGGUGAGUGUGGCACAAAGUGCAGGUGAAGCAAUGGAUUUAGAUGGAGAAAUCAAGUGCAUACAUGCACAUUUACAACUUCUAGCCGGAAUAAGAGAUGUAUUAUCAGCACCUUUCUAGCUUUCUUCCAUAGUAAUCUACCAUUUUUAUUCAUAGUUACAUGCUGUACAUAUUGCCAAUCUCAUAUAUACAUAACCACAGUUUUAAGAAUUCAUUCUCAGAUUUUUCCCCUCUUUAAAGAUUUUUUUUUAAAACGUAAAAAAAUUGGAUCUCAUUGUUUUUAUACAUACACUUCGAUUUGAAAUAAAGAACUUUACAAAAAUUUAAUUCUAAUUGAUUUUUUUUUCAAUUAUUUUAUUUAAAAAGUUUUCGUUUUAAAAAAAUUAAAGUGAUGCAUCUUAUUACAGGAUUCCAUUUAAAUUAUUUCUUCAAAUCAUAUAAUAAAAAACAAGUAACAUCUUUAAUUAAUUACUAUUUCUGUGUCGCAAUAUAUAUCGUGUAAAGUUUCUACUUCUAGCAAGAAGUGUCUACGUGAGAGAGAAUGCAAUAUAUUCUGUGGGAGGCAAAAGAAGUGCCUACGUGAGAGAGAAUGGAGACAGCUAAAGAGGCAAAAUGAGAGAGAUAGUAGAGAGAGAUGAGAGCUUGUUUUUUUUUUUUUUUUUUUUUGCCCUUCCUCCAUUUCACUCUUAUAUUUGUCAUAUGAUUUGAUAAUUGGAAAAUUGAUAAAAAUAAAUUCUAUUACAAAUAUAGCAAUUGAAUAAGCUAUUUUUU